AGACCACUACAAGACAGAGUACGAGAAUAAACUUGCUGAGGAACUGGAGAACAUUCUGCUGAAGACCAGCCAGGAGAUCGAUAGCCUGCAGAGGACCUCAAAGGAGAUGUACGAGAGAGAGAACAGGAACCUCCGUGAGACGGACAACGCAGUGCUGGAGAAGGACAGAGCGACGACGGCAGAGAGAGAGACACAGGCCAGAUAUGACCAGCUACUAGAACAGUUCCGUGGUGUCCAGACGGGGACAGACAGCCGGGUGGCAGAGCUCCUGAACCAGGUGAAGCUGAAGAGCUUUGAGACAGAGCGCUCUCAGAUGGUACAAGAGGAGACCGCCAGGAACCUGGGACAGUGUCAGAUGGAGACAGAGAAACACCAGAAGAAGCUGGAGGUCAUGACCAAGGAGUUGUACAGGCUUCAGGCGUCCUCGGAGAAGCAGAUAACAGAACUCCAGGCCCAGAAUGCUGAGCAGCAGGCCAGACUACAGACCUACGAGAAACUGGAGCAGGAGCUGGACGACGUCACCAUGCAGGCUGCUGAAAUUGAUAAUGAGGAGGAAGCAGAGAGAGUUCUGUUCUCCUACGGUUACGGUGCCAACGUUCCCACAACCGCCAAGAGACGACUCAGGCAGAGUGUCCAUCUGGCCCGUAGACUGUUGCAGCUGGAGAAACAGAACACACUGCUGAGGAGAGAUCUGGAGAGACGCAACACACACACAGGACAGAUCUCUGAGGAGCUGGAAGCAGCUAACCGUCUCCUACAGCAGGCCCAGCAGCCCUACAGUUACCUGAUCGACACGGUGAGACAGAGAGACACACAGAUACUGUCCCUCAGAGAACGUAUCACACAGCUGGAGGAGGACACCAGAUCUCUGAGGAAAGAGAAGACGUCUCUCCAACAGGUGAAGAACAAUAUGGCCUCCGACCUGGAGCGACUGCUCAACCACCGAGAGAUUGUUUUCGGGCCUCCAUCGAGUUUCCCCCCAUAAGACAUGCUGAGAAGACGCCUCUCGUAUCAUAUCCUUCCAUUUCAGACGCAGACGCAGAGCUGAUUACGGAACUUGAUUCAAGAAAUGUUCUGCUUCGCUAUUCACAACCGCAGCAUUCUACCACUGGCCCACUGGCAUCAAGUAUGUACCCCUCAGGCCUGGCAGACAGCUGCUCCUCAUAUUAGGCCUGGCGUAUUAGAGAGGGCCUGGCUGUUUGAAAUGCCAGA